AUGACAAAAAUAAAGGAUGUCAAACUGUCAGAGCUGGUGGAGGACUCUCUUUCUUGGUCUGCUAGUGGAGAUGGACUGUUUUCGGUUAAAUCAUGCAGGGAAAACAUUGGCUCGGAGGUAGGGAGUAAUGAUGUGUGGCUACAAGGAGUUUGGAAGGGUUUGGCUCCACCGAGAGUGGAAGCUUUUCUAUGGCAACUUGCACAUCAGAAAUUGGCAGUUAAGGCUGAGUUGAUUAAGAGAGGAGUUUCUUUAGGGGAGGAUAUACAGUUUCCUUUCUGCAAGAUUCACGAGGAAACAGUUCAACACUUAUUUAUUUCCUGUAUUGUUGCUUGGAAGUUGUGGAAUAAAAUAGCUAGCUUCUGGGAUAUUUCGUUUGUUCUUCCUCAAGACCCUCCUGCUUUGCUUAGUUCCUGGGGUGAGUUGAGGGGAAACUCGACGAUAUGGAAGUUUAUUCCAGGUGUUAUCUUCUGGUCAAUCUGGAAAGCCAGGAAUGCUAUAGUGUUCGAAGGUUCUAACCUGGACAGCAUGUUUCUGUUCUUUACAGUUAGAUUCAGGCUAUCAAAAUGGUUUUUAGCAAAGUUUCCUACGGUUAAUAUUCAGGAGGAUUUGCUGAUUGGUUAUCCAUCUCUAGCAGAUGGGUUUUCGUUAACUUUAGACAGAAUGAACGUUGAUGGAGCUGUUAGGCUUGGAGGCUCGGGUGGAGGCAUAGGAGGUAUAUUGAGAGAUUCGGAGUGUUGCACGCUUUUGACUUUUUCAGAGAAAGUGGACCAAGUUACUCCUCCGCUAGCUGAAUUAAAGGCUAUUAAAAGGGGUAUUGAAAUUUUUUUGGCUUCAGUUUGGGUUUCUGUUGGGAGAUUGAUUGUUGAGAGUAAUUACAAGUCGGUAGUGGAAUGGAUUAAAUCACCGGCUUUGGCUCCUGUUUUCUACUUGUCUUUGGUUAAUCAGAUUUUGACUCUUUCAAAUGGCAAGGUUCAUUCAGUGAGGUGGAUUCCAAGAGCGAGCAAUGGGGAGGCUGAUAGCUUAGCUAAGAAAGGGAUAGGUUGA